AGAACGACACCAACUUAGAAGUAUAACUCUCCCGACUUUUGAAUCGACCCCCUGUGCCGCAAGUCUCCACCUCAGUUAUUCGAGUCGCGGCAAAACGGAUACAAAGGUGGUGGUGAUCAUCAUCCAGACUGUUCACCUGCUUGGGUGUAUUAGUCAUCUCCCGCCCGGCCGCUAAAGCGCUGGUGUCAAAGGCCCAGUCAACAUUUGCGACGACGUACUUCGAACUGUCACUGCAUCAGCCGUCGCAUCAUCAACAUGGCUCCUAACAAACUCAACGUUCUCAUUUCAACUUUUGAGGGACUUGGCCUACCGUCUACGCUGGUAGUGCCGGUCCCGGCGACCACGACCAUCUCACAGCUCCGGGACGAGAUCAACGAAAGACUGCCCGUCACAGACACCAGGCUCAUCCUGACGACGCUGUCAAACAGACAACUGCCGGAGCGGUCCGAGGCCCCGCUGUCAACAUAUCUCUCCACCAGCGAUGACGAGUUCCUUUCCCUCCGCCUGACUGUCCCUCUGUGCGGUGGCAAGGGCGGUUUCGGAUCCCAGCUGCGCGCCGCCGGAGGCCGCAUGUCGUCGCGGAAGAAGAAGAGCCAGGACGACCACGGAUCAAGCCGGAACCUCGAUGGGCGCCGCCUCAGGACCGUCAACGAGGCCAAGGCCCUCGCCGAAUAUCUCGCCAUCAAGCCGGAGAUGGAAAAGAAGGAGAAGGACAGGCGGCGGGAGCGGUGGGAACAAAUCGUUCAAGCAUCUGAGCAGAAGGAGGCCGAAAUUAAGGCCGGCGGAAAGGGGCGUUUGGACGGGAAAUGGGUCGAGGACAAGGAAGAAGCCAGCGAAAGGACGCGCGACGCUGUGAUUGCUGCCAUGAAGGCCGGCAAUUACAAGGACAACCUGGUCAGCACAUCCCACGGGUCUGUGUCUACGCAGAGCAACAAUGCUUCUGGCUCUGACGAAGGAGAGAAAUCGAGCUCCGAGGAAUCUACCCCGUCUGAGCCUGAAAAGACGGAAAAGGACAAGCCUCGCACCUUCUUUGGCUUCGACGAUGACGAUGAGUUCAUGAGCUCGGACGAUGAUGAGGGUGGCUCUAAAAAGGACUGAGCGUUUGGGCUGCGGACAUUAAGAGUCUUGGGUUUGGCCAAACUGCAUUUGCUUUACUCUCUGCGGCGUUCGGGAUAGGUGGGAAAGGGAUCGUCACGACGACAUUUUGAUACCAGUGGGGUCGCCUGCCUACGGCCUUGCAUUUUACAAUCGAAAUUGUGCACUGCUCA